CAAGAGUGGCUCUAAUUUCUAGUCAGGGAUGAAAGUCCUGAGGUCUUAGUGCUAGGCGGGUGUGGCAUUGGCAAUAGUUGAAACCAACCAUUUCGUGUUGUGAUAUGAAGUAUCUGUUUGUCUAGCAGCGCACUUGUGUCUGAAAUGUCCUUACUUUUGAUGGAUCAUCAGAUUUUGUGCUUAGUUAUGAAGAUAAAGAUGGAGACCGGAUGCUUGUUAGAGAUGUUCCUUAGGGGUAUGUUUUCACUUAAGCCAGCGUCUACAUGGAUUUCUGAGGAAAUUUCGCAUCCAAAGAAGUCGAAUUCUAAGCCUAAGUCCAACUUAGAUGUGGUGGGUAGUUGUGAUCGUAAAACACAAGAAUCAACCACCAAAAGCAAGAAAGCAGGACUUGCAUACGAUGCAAUUCAAGGACUUGGCCCGUCAUGCAAAUACUUGCAGUUUAUCAUGACUUCGGCGCCUGAUGAUAUAUAUGAUAAUACUACCAUCCCAUUGGCGGCCUCAGUUUGGCACUCGGAUUUUGAUCAAGAAACAUACAUAAAUGCGUCCGAUAUAGAAGAGUUCCUUCGCGGGGCGUGCUUAAACAUUUCAGCGAUCCAAGUCUACAUAUUGUAAUUAAAUGUUUUAUUGUUGUUAAAUAUAUUAGUACGUGCACUUUGGUUUUGGGAUGUAUACAAAACUACAGUUAUUGUUUAUAUAUUUGUUAUACAAGU